CUUAUAAUUUUAUAGUUUUUUUAUUUUCCUACUAUAUUGUAUUUUAUGUUUUUAUUAUGUAAGAAUUCAUAUUUUUUAAUUUUUUCCAUUUUUUACUAUUUUACAAUGAAAAUUAAGAAAUAAUGAAUUUAUUUACUAAUUAUAUGGGUUCUGUUAUUUAUUAUACUAAUAUUUGUAUGGAAGGAAUACCUUUUAAUUUUCAAUAUAAAAAAAAGAGUUCUUUUCUUUUAUUAAAUAAUUAAAAGAAAGGAAACCUACUAAGGAAUGUAAUUAUAUCAUAUAAUAAAACAUUCUUUUUUUUUAAUUUAAAAGUAAAAAAAUAAGAACCAGUGUUAUUAUAUAAAAAGAGUAAAGUAACAACUAUGGUUUCGUAUCUAUAUAUAACCUUACUAAUUUUAUCUUUUGCUUUUCUUUUAAUUCAUGCUUCAACAAACGAUUUAGAAUUGGAAAAUGCUUCUGAUGAUGUUGUAGAGGUGGAGGAUCCUUCAAACGACGGUUUAGAAUUAGAAGAGGAAAAUUUUGAUGAGAAUUCAGGUGAUGAUGAAACUCUUUUAGAUGCUACCCCCGAAGAUGACUUUGCCUUAACAGAUUUGCCAAUUGAAGACGAUGAGGAAGUCAACGAAACGUUAGAUGGAGGUGAAUCAUUAGGAGAGGUUUCCACUGAAGAUAUGGAAACAGAAGAUGGCUCAACAGAUGAUACGGAAACAGAAGAAGGACUACCUGGUGAUAUGGAAGGAGAAGAAGAAGCUGGCGAUAUGGAAGCAGGGGAAGAAGCUGGUGAUUUGGAAGCAGGGGAAGAAACUGGCGAUUUGGAAGCAGGGGAAGAAACUGGCGAUUUGGAAGCAGGGGAAGAAGCUGGUGAUUUGGAAGCAGGGGAAGAAACUGGCGAUUUGGAAGCAGGGGAAGAAACUGGAGAUGCGGAAACUGAAGAAGGAGCAACUGGAGAUGCGGAAACUGAAAAUGGAGCAACUGUGUAUGUAGACACAGAAGAUAGUUCAGCUGAUGGAGCAGAAAAAGUACAUGUUCCUGCUCAAGAAAAUGUACAACCUGCCGAUAGUAAUGAUGCCCUCUUUGGAAGUAUUUUGGAUAAAGAUAUAAUUUUUGAUCAUAUUAAAGAUUUCGAGCCACUAUUCGAACAAAUUGUGGCGGGUACUGCUAAACAUGUUACGGGACAAGAAUUGCCAAUGACACCUGUACCAUUACCAGUGGCAGAAGAGCCCGCGCAAGUACCAGCGGAAGAAUUAGAUGCCACUCCAGAGGAUGACUUCGCAUUAGAUGUUACAGAAUCUCCCGAGGAAGUAGAAUUAGUAUUAGAUGAAGAGGCAACUGAAGAAGAAUCAACGGAAGUGGGACCAACGGAAGAAGGACCAACCGAAGAAUUAGAUGCCACUCCAGAGGAUGAUUUCGCAUUAGACGAAACUGCAGAAGGAGAAACAGAAGAAACUGUAGAGGGAGAAGAAACAGAAGAAGCUGCAGAAGGAGAAGUAUCAGAAGAAACUCCAGAAGGAGAAGAAGAGUUAGAGGCAACUCCAGAGGAUGAUUUCGCAUUAGAUGGAACUGCAUUAGAAGAAACCGAAGAAACUGUAGAGGGAGAAGAAACAGAAGAAGCUGCAGAAGGAGAAGAAACCGAAGAAACUGCAGAAGGAGAAGUAUCAGAAGAAACUCCAGAAGUGGAAGAAGAAUUAGAAGCCACUCCAGAGGACGAUUUCGCAUUAGACGAAACUCUAGGAGAAGAAACAGAAGAAACUGUAGAGGGAGAAGAAACUGCAGAAGGAGAAGAAACUGUAGAAGGAGAAGAAACUGUAGAAGGAGAAGAAGAGUUAGAGGCAACUCCAGAGGAUGAUUUCGCAUUAGAUGGAACUACAUUAGAAGAAACCGAAGAAACUGCAGAAGGAGAAGAAACUGUAGAGGGAGAAGAAACCGUAGAGGGAGAAGAAACCGUAGAGGGAGAAGAAGCUGCAGAAGGAGAAGAAGAGUUAGAGGCAACUCCAGAGGAUGACUUCCAAUUAGAAGAACCAUCAGGAGAAGGAGAAGGGGAAGGAGAAGGGGAAGGAGAAGGGGAAGGAGAAGGAGAAGGAGAAGCGUUAGUAGCAGUGCCAGUAGUGGCCGAACCGGUAGAAGUAGUGACUCCUGCUCAGCCUGUCAAACCAAUGGUCGCUCCAACGGCAGAUGAAACUUUAUUCGUUGAUAUCUUAGAUAACGAUUUAACGUAUGCAGACAUUACAUCCUUUGUGCCAUUAUUUAAACAAAUCCUCAAGGAUCCUGAUGCAGGAGAGGCUGUAACAGUACCAUCAAAGGAAGCACCUGUACAAGUACCAGUGGCAGUAGAGCCCGCGCAAGAAGUGCCAACGGAAGAAUUAGAUGCAACUCCAGAGGACGAUUUCGAAUUAGAAGGAACUGCAGAAGCUCCAGAGGAAGGAGAAUUAGUAUUAGAAGGAGAAGGAGAACCAACGGAAGAAGAGCCAACAGAAGGAGAGCCAACAGAAGGAGAAGUGCCAGAAGAAGAAUUAGAGGCAACUCCAGAGGACGAUUUCGAAUUAGAAGAACCAACAGGAGAAGAAGUAGAAGAAACCGUAGAGGGCGAAGAAACUGCAGAAGGAGAAGAAGAGUUAGAGGCUACUCCAGAGGAUGACUUCCAAUUAGAAGAACCAACAGGAGAAGAAGUAGAAGUAGAAGUAGAAGAGCCAGCAGAAGAAGUCGAAGCAGAAGGAGAACCAGGAGAGGAAGAGGUACAAGAAGAAGUACCAGAAGAAGAAUUAGAGGCAACUCCAGAGGACGACUUCCAAUUAGAAGAACCAACAGGAGAAGAAGUAGAAGUACAAGAAGAAGAGGCAGUAGAAGAAGGAGUAGAAGUAGAAGGAGAACCAGGAGAGGAAGAAGUACAAGAAGAAGAGGUAGUAGAAGAAGGAGUAGAAGUAGAAGGAGAGCCAGCAGAGGAAGAAGUGCAAGAAGAAGAGGUAGUAGAAGGAGUAGAAGUAGAAGGAGAGCCAGCAGAGGAAGAAGUACAAGAAGAAGAGGUAGUAGAAGAAGUAGAGGCAGAAGAGCCAGUGGAAGAAAAACCAAAGGUAGAAGAAUUGAAACCAGUAGAAACACCAAAGGAAGCGAAAUUAGCAGUGCCAGCAGAUACAAAGACUGAGUUGACAGUUGCAGGUCCUAUGAGCUACGAUGCAUUAUUUGCACUCAUUGUAGAUGGAGAUUUGACGCAUGAGGCCAUUAAGAGAUAUGAAGAUGUAUUCAAACAACUGCUCAAGGAUCCAGAAGCCAGAAGGUUGUUAGAGCAGCAACAACAGCAACCACAGCCACAACCACAACCACAGAAACCUGUAGAAGUACCACAAGAAGUAGAAGAAGUAGAAGAGGUACCCGCAGAAGUAGAAGAAGUGGAAGAGGUACCUGCAGAAGUAGAAGAAGUGGAAGAGGUACCUGCAGAAGUAGAAGAAGUGGAAGAGGUACCAGAAGAAGUAGAAGAAGUAGAAGAGGUACCCGCAGAAGUAGAAGAAGUGGAAGAGGUACCCGCAGAAGUAGAAGAAGUGGAAGAGGUACCAGAAGAAGUGGAAGAGGUACCAGAAGAAGUGGAAGAAGUAGAAGAGGUACCAGAAGAAGUGGAAGAAGUGGAAGAAGUAGAAGAAGUAGAGGUACCAGCGGUAGUAGAAGUAGAAGUACCAGCGGUAGUAGAAGAAGAGGUGCCAGAAGAAGUAGAAGAAGAAGAAGAAGAGGAAGAACCAGUAGAGGAAGAAGAUGUAUUACAAUUAGUAAUACCAUCGGAAGAAGAUAUACAAUUAGACAAACCAAAGAAAGACGAAUUAGGCUCUGGAAUUUUAUCUAUCCUCGACGUGCACUACCAAGACGUUCCAAAGGAAUUUAUGGAAGAAGAAGAAGAAACUGCAGUGUAUCCAUUGAAACCAGAAGAUUUUGCAAAGGAAGAUUCACAAUCUACAGAAUGGCUCACAUUCAUUCAAGGCCUAGAAGGCGACUGGGAACGAUUAGAAGUGAGCUUAAAUAAGGCUAGAGAAAGAUGGAUGGAACAAAGAAAUAAAGAAUGGGCUGGCUGGCUUCGUUUAAUUGAAAAUAAAUGGUCAGAAUAUAGUCAAAUUUCAACAAAAGGAAAGGACCCAGCUGGUUUGAGAAAACGAGAGUGGAGCGACGAGAAAUGGAAAAAAUGGUUUAAAGCAGAAGUCAAAUCCCAAAUUGAUUCACACUUGAAAAAAUGGAUGAACGACACUCAUUCCAAUUUAUUUAAAAUUCUUGUGAAAGAUAUGUCACAAUUUGAAAACAAGAAAACCAAAGAAUGGUUAAUGAAUCACUGGAAAAAGAACGAACGGGGUUAUGGUUCUGAAUCAUUUGAAGUUAUGACCACAUCAAAAUUAUUAAAUGUGGCUAAGAGUCGAGAAUGGUACCGUGCCAAUCCUAAUAUAAAUAGAGAAAGAAGAGAACUCAUGAAAUGGUUUCUCCUAAAAGAAAACGAAUAUUUAGGACAAGAAUGGAAAAAAUGGACUCAUUGGAAAAAAGUUAAAUUUUUUGUGUUCAAUUCAAUGUGUACAACAUUUUCUGGAAAACGCCUAACCAAGGAAGAAUGGAAUCAAUUUGUUAAUGAAAUAAAAGUUUGA